UGUUUUUUAGUUCAACUCCGCGUCCUGCCGCACCAUGCAGUUCCCCGUGGGGAUCCUGCCACUCGACUGGCUCGCCGACAGCGCCGUGUACCUCGGCCGCGAGCACGUCGACGGCUUCGACUUCCAUCUGUGGACCAAGGUUGAUUUCAUCUGGUACUACGAGGAAAUCGACACCGGCCGCCCCGUCCGUUGGAAUUUCUUCAAUGGGAUGCAGCAGCAUGUGAUGAGCUUUGAGGUGGGAGGAGUGCUGGAAGACUCCAAGUGGCAGGCGCCAGCUUAUUGCUUCGAUGGCGACACUGCCAAUGUGGCUGCAGAUAGAGUUGAUGGGAUGAACAGCUUGAUCAGGUUCGCCGGGGCUCCAGCUGCAGCUAUGGCUGCAUCAUUUGACCAGUGAGAGGUUUUGCGAUGAUUGGCUGAUGAGAGGCUUUCCAUUCGGCGAUCCUUGACCCGUUCAUUCUGUUCUGCCCUGUUAAUCGCAUUGUGUUUCUUAAACUCUCUUGUGUUUUGUGGUAACAGUCAUUCUACAAUCCACAGCAAUUAACUGA